AUGCCGACCAAUAAUAACUCCAGCAGCGCCGCCGUGAACGGUGGUGCACCCAAAAGCCAGAACGCCAAGGACUCGUCUGCGAGCCACCUGGACAAGGCAUUGCGCAGCGUAGUGAAGAUCUUUUGCACCAGUGCCAACCCCAACUACAGCCUCCCUUGGCAGAUGAUGACUCAGACCAAGUCCACGGCUUCCGGCUUCGUGGUGGCACCUCUGUCCUCGCGCCGCAUCCUCACCAACGCCCACGCGGUUGCCAACCAGGUGCAGGUCAUGCUGCGCAAACACGGUAACGCGCGCAAAUACCCGGCGAGGGUGCUGGCGGUGGGACACGAGUGCGACAUCGCCAUGCUGACGGUGGACGAUGACGAGUUCUGGGAGGGCAACGGCGGCGUGGAGGCUCUCCAAGUGGGCGGCCUUCCGCCCAUGCAGGAGAGCGUGACGGUGGUGGGCUUCCCGCAAGGAGGUGACAACGUGUGCGUCACCAAAGGGGUGGCGUCCCGCCUAGACCGUCAACAGUACUCGCACGGCAGAUGCGCUCUGCUGACCGUCCAGACGGACGCGCCCAUCAACAGCGGCAACAGCGGCGGCCCGGUGCUUCAGGGCGACCAGGUGGUGGGUUUGGCCUUCCAGUCGCUGGUGGGCGCGGAGAACACCGGCUACGUCAUCCCCACCCCCGUGGUGCACCACUUCCUCAACGACCUGGACAGACAUGGAGGAAAAUACACAGGAUUCCCCGAAAUGGGUAUCAGCUGGCAGUGCCUGGAGUCAGCUGACAUGAAGCGCUCGCUGGGUAUGCCCGAAGGAGCCACCGGCGUCUACAUAACCGGAACAGAGCCCGUGUACGACUCGACCAAGGUCCUUCGUUCGGGUGACGUGUUGACCAGUGUUGACGGGCACCAGAUCGCGGACGACGGCACCUUCCUGUUCCCCGACCAGUCGGUACGCAUCGACUUCCGCCACCUGCCCUCCAUGGCGUACGACGGAGACAGCCUCCGGGUGGGCAUCUGGAGGGACGGCGCCGCGCUGGAGCUGCCCCUCCUGGUCAACGUGCCCAGACACUUGGUGCCGACGCACUGCCACGACCUGAAGCCAAAGCAAGUUGUGGGGGAGAGGUACUACAUCUUCGCCGGCCUUGUGUUCACUCGGCUCACCAACUUCUACCUGCGGCAUCAGUACGGCACCGACUGGUCUACCAAGGCGCCCAUCAAGCUGUGUGACCGCUACCUGAGCGGCUCUAUGGAGGCCCUGGGGCAGGAGGUGGUGCUGCUAAGCAAGGUGCUGUCGGCAAGCGUCAACCAGGGCUUUCAGGAGAUUCAGAACGUCCAGGUGUACAAGGUGAACGGGGUCAAGGUGCACAACCUGGCCCACAUGGCCCGCCUGGUGGAGGAGUGCGACUCCGAAUACAUCCGAUUCGACCUGGAGUGGAAGAGGGUGGUCGUGUUGCACACCGGCAGGGGUCGCAGCGCCACUCCCGACAUCCUGCGCACCAACUGCAUCCCCGCGGCUGCCAGCGAUGGGCUGCUGGAGGAGGAUCUGCAGCUGCCGCCGGACGUCAUGCAGCUCAGCCAGCCAAGCAUGGCGGACUCGGAGGUGGUGGAAGAGCAGGAGGCAGUGCCGGUGGGGGAGCGAAUGGCGAAGCUAUGA